AGACAACCCAAUAUUUGGGAUCAAUAUGAAAUGUCAGUGAGCAAAUAAUUUUUCAAAAAUUCUAAAAUUAAUUAAUUUCUAAAUAAACAAAAUAAUAAAUAAAAUGGAAAUAAAAACGGAAAUUGACGAUAAAGUGGACCUUGGUAUUGUGAAGGAAGAAUUUUCUGUGGUAGAGGAGAAAUCCCAGGAAUACCCAACACUGUUCCUGGAGAUUGAGACAAAAGCUAUUAAGAAAGAAUCUGAAGAUUCUGAUAACGAGGAAAGUAGUAAAAAUCACCACGAUUGUAGGAUUUGUGGUAAGAAUUUCAACAAUGCUUCUGCACUUGAGCGGCAUAGGGAUUGGCAUGAUCCAGAAGGAUCAGCUUCCUGUUUGAAGGAUUCAAAAUCCUCCAGAAAAAAGCUUAGUCCAAGGAAGAAACUCCCAAUGAAACCAAAGAUUAAGAAGUUUUCCUGCUCUCAUUGCCCCAGGAGCUACUCCUCCCCAUCAGGACUGAGGUAUCAUCUGAAGGCAAUCAGUAGGGCAGAAGAGAAGUAUGAGUGUGCUGAAUGUAAUAAGAAGUACUUGGAGAAAUCCUUCCUGAAGAAUCACAUUGUAACAGUUCACUUGAGGAAGGUACAACAGGUGAAAGGGAAGCGCGGGAGGAAGCCUAAGAAUCCCGACAUACCCAAUCAUCCAGGUCCGUAUAUGUGUGAAACAUGUGGGGCAUCCCUUAAGACUAAAGCCUCCUACGAAAGGCACCUCUUUGUCCACACUGACGUUAAAGACGUCCAAUGUCCUCUCUGUGGGAAGAUGUUUGCCUGCAAACAGUAUCUGGGCACACACAUGCUCAUGCACACCAAACGCGGAGGCUACAUCUGCACGCUCUGCAACAAAGCCUACAACUCCAGAGGAGGGCUGUUGUACCACAAGAAAUACGCUCAUAGCGUAGAAGCUGUGGGAGUACAGGAAGUUGGGGAGAAUGGUCAGAUUGUCUGCAAGCCAAAAAGGAAGAAGAAUGAAUGUGAAAAGUGUGGAAUGAAGUUUGUACGGAAAUCUCAAGUUGAGAAGCAUUUCCUGGAGGUCCAUUUAGGUAUUAGCAAAGGAAGUGAUAGCUUUGUGUGCGAACAGUGCGGUAAAGUCCUCAAAACUAAGGCCAGUUAUGAGAGGCAUCAGUACGUUCAUAGCACUACAAAGGACAUCAUGUGUCCUGUUUGUGGGAAAAUGUUCUCCUGCAAAGAAUACCUCGGGGUUCACAUGCUGAAUCACAGAGAUAAAAAUUCCUACACUUGUGAAGUGUGCAAGAAGGCUUUCUCCAGAACUGGCUUCCGGUAUCACCGGAAACAUGCACACAAGGAGAAGAACAAGAAGCUGAUUGAUAACUUCCAAUGUGCAAAAUGUAAAAUGAUCUUCCCAAAGAAGCAAAAACUCAAGAAUCAUCUCCUCAGACAACAUUUCAAAAGCCCCGAAUUUGUUCACAUCUGUGCAACAUGUGGUAAGAGCUUCAACACAAAGGGCGGCUACGACAGGCAUCAAUUUGUUCACACCGAUAUAAAGAGCAUAAUGUGUCCGUACUGCGGAAAAAUGUUUUCCUGCAAACAAUACCUGAGCACGCACAUGCUGAUGCACACCAAACGAGGCGGCUAUGUGUGCGAAACGUGCAAUAAGGCCUACAACUCCCGAGGAGGCCUACUGCAUCACAAGAGAUCCGUUCACAGCGGUAUUGGAUUCUCCUGUCCAUUCUGUGAAAAGACUCUCACGUCCAAAGGCAGCUUGAGGAAUCACAUAAAGAGUCAUCACACUGAAAUUCCCGCUGAAGGAGAAAAGGGGAAGAAACGCAAAAGAACGCGGAAGAUCAGGGCUUCAAAGGCUAAGUCUGCUCAAACCGUUGAAAGUGAGCAGCAACUCGUUGAAACAGCUGAACAUGAACUGGCUGCUGAAGUUGAAGUCAAGUGUGAAAAUAUUGAACAAAAAUAAAGCUAAAAAUUAUCUCGAUUGAUCUUUAAAAAAAAA